GUGAGGGAGUGAGAGUGUAUCCAGUGUCUGGCCACAUUCCCCAGAGAAGAAAGAAAAAGAAACACCCAACACUCUUAACUCAAUUUUACUUUCUACUUAUUAUUAUUAAUAAUUACCCACAAAACUGUUUUAAUUUCCCUCCAUUCACCCAUCUUCUUCUCUUUUUCGAAAUGGAGGAAGAACCUGAUACCUACAAUCCUCGUACCGUUGAAGAGGUAUUCCGUGAUUUCAAGUCUCGCCGUACUGCUUUGAUCAAAGCCCUCACCACUGAUGCUGAAGAGUUCUUCAAGCAGUGUGAUCCCGAAAAGGACAAUCUUUGCCUGUAUGGAUUUCCUACCGAGGAGUGGGAAGUCAAUCUGCCUGUUGAGGAGGUGCCUCCAGAGAUUCCGGAGCCAACAUUGGGUAUUAACUUUGCCAGAGAUGGGCUUGAUAAACAGGAAUGGCUAUCUUUGGUUGCUGCUCAUAGUGAUGCUUGGAUACUUGGUGUGGCUUUUUAUUUUGGUGCUAGAGUUGGAUUUGACAGGGCUGAUAGGAAGAGACUAUUUACUAUGAUAAAUGAUCUUCCAACAAUAUUUGAGGUUGUUACAGGAAUGGGAAAGACACCGGCUUCUAAUCAUAGCAGUAACAAAUCUAAAUCAAACUCUAAGAAAGGUUCCGAGUCUAAGCCAAAGAAUUCUAAGGCAACACAAUCAAAGGACAAGGAUGGUGAAGAACAGGGAGGAGACGUUCCUUGUGGGGCAUGUGGAGAGAGCUAUGACGACGGUUUCUGGAUUUGCUGCGACAUAUGCGAGAAGUGGUUCCAUGGAAAGUGUGUGAAGAUUACCCCUGCAAGGGCUGAACACAUCAAGCAGUACAAAUGUCCAUCUUGCAGCAACAAGAGAGCUAGACAGUAACAAUGGCUAGCUUAGAAUGAUUGUUCUAUAUAUUCUGGCAAUUUUAUUGCUACUAAUGUGUUUAGUUUGUGAUGUUUUAUUGUUAGUAGUCUUGGUGUUAAUUUCAGGUUAAAUUGUUUUAGAUGAUGCUACAGGUAUAUGAGCUGCUAUUGAAUCAUCUAAAAUUAGGAUAGUUAACUUGAAUAUGAGCUGCACAUAAUGUUCUUUUCUACUUCAAGUUCUAGCAUCUGUUAAUGAUUAUUGAAAAAAUUAAAAUAAUGAAGAACAUGGUUGUGGUUGAAAGCUGAAA